AUGCGCAGACACCGGGAGCGAACCACGCAUGCGCGCCUCCAGCUGUCAGCUUGGCUCUGCCAGGCUCUGCGGGGAGAGGAUGACACGAUGGUGGAGAUAUUGCUCCGAAAAGGUGCCGACCCCAAUUUGGUGCUGCCCGAAGGCAUGGCCCCCAUCCAUUUGGCGGCCGGGAUGGACCAGGAGAGCGGCCUCCGCUGCCUCGGCCUCCUCCUCCGACACGGUGGAGAUCCAAACACCAGGUCGACGGAGGAUCUCACCCCUGUUCAUGUGGCCGCCUCCUGGGGAUGCGCCACCUGCCUGAGGCUGUUGCUGGCGGGAGGAGGAGACCCCCGUAUCCGCGACCAGGACGGGAGCACGGCCCUCGACCUGGCUCUAGAACAAGGCAACGGCGUGUGUGCCCGGAUCCUGCGCCAGGCUCUGGAAAGAGAAAACGUGGCGGAGCAGAGCUCCUACCGAAGGGCAGAGAGCUUCCUCUCCACCACGACGGACGACACAAUGGACGUGGGAGGAAUCCCAAGGAAUCGUGGUUCCGACCCGUUUGGACGUCAUCUCAAGAACGGCAACGUUGUUCCGUAUCCCUCUGGCUCCUUCCCGGAUCUGGACGAUUCCUGCUCCGGGGGGGACCGCCGGGCCUCGUCCUCGUUCCUGACGGAAUGCUCUUGGAGUGACGGACACGACGAGAUCCCCACUCGCUUGGGGGCGGAGUCCAAAUGGCAGUUAGGCCGCGUGAACGGGAACCGAACCUUCCUUGAAUCUCAAAGCGAGCCCAAAUGGCAGUUAGGCCGCAUGGAUGGGAACCGGACGUCGAACCUCGAGUCCCAAAGCGACCCCAAAUGGCAGUUAAGCCGCAUGGAUGGGAACCGAACCUCAAGCCUCGAGUCCAAAAGAGAGCCCAAAUGGCAGUUAGGCGGCAUAAACAGGAAGCAAACCUCGAGCCUCGAGUCCGAAAGAGAGCCCAAAUGGCAGUUAGGCGGCAUAAACAGGAAGCAAACCUCGAGCCUCGAGUCCGAAAGAGAGCCCAAAUGGCAGUUAGGCGGCAUAAACAGGAAGCAAACCUCGAGCCUCGAGUCCGAAAGAGAGCCCAAAUGGCAGUUAGGUGGCAUAAACAGGAAGCAAACCUCGAGCCUCGAGUCCGAAAGAGAGCCCAAAUGGCAGUUAGGCGGCAUAAACAGGAAGCAAACCUCGAGCCUUGAGUCCAAAAGAGAGCCCAAAUGGCAGUUAGACCGCACGGAUGCGAACCAAACCUCGAGACUCGAGUCUGAAAGCGAGCCCAAAUGGCAGUUAAGCUGCACGGAUGGGAACCGAACCUUGAGCCUCAAGUCUGAAAGCGAGCCCAAAUGGCAGUUAGGCCGCACGGGCGGGAACCUUGAGUCCAGAUCCCAGGAGAUACUCAAAUCUGACUCUGAACCGGAUCAUCUGCCCAACGCCGAUGCCACCCUGGACCUGACCCUCUACCGCAGCUUCCUCGACCCGGAACUGGUGGUGAGGCCCAACGUCCGGCAAGGGCUGGACGCCACCUCUCCGGACCACGUCUUCCUCUUCUCCCGAGAAGACGCCGCAAUGGCGGAGGAUCUGGAACGGACUCUGGCGGCCUUUUCGGAGGGAAGUUGCAGCGAGUACCUUUCGUGCCACGGCGAGGAAGACGGACUCCGCGACGGAUCUGGAACCACGUCAAUCACGUCCGAACGAGAAGUGGAGACUCAGGACGUUCAGGACACGGUUCUUAUUAUACAGGGGACACCCGAGACUCCGGGAACGAGUUCGGACAUGGCCGAGACCGUGGUGGUUUCCGGAACGAGUCCGGAUACGGUCCACCCGAGUCCAGCGGAAGAGGUCUUGUCCAGCUUAGAGGCCAAACUGAGGGACAUGAUGCUGGCCACCAAGGCCUCUCGCUCGCCGCUGAUCCGGACCGUCGACGUGGUCGAACGGCGUUUUCCCGCACCCGCCGCUUCGUCUCUCUUUGACGAGGAUCUCGAGAUGCCGAGGCGCCCGAGACGGGUCCGCAGCCCUGAAGCCGGAAGAGGCUGCGUUUCGACCGCCGGACCGCAAAACGAGAGUCCGGAAACCGGACCGCUGGCGGACACCCAGUUGAUACCGGUUGUGAUAACAGAACCCGACGAGCGAAGACCGUUUAAUCCUGGCAACGAGACGGGCGCCGAACGCUUCUGCUUUGUGUCUCCGAGAGAUAAAACAAAGGAACGGAGCGACGAGACAGGCGCCGAACACUUCGUGUCUCUAAGGGAUAACCAAAAGGAAUGGGACCACGAGACAGGCGCCGAACACUUCUGCUCCGUGUCUCCAAAAGAUAAACGAAAGGAACGGUACCACGAGACAAGCGCCGAACACUUCGGCUCUGUGUCUCUAAGGGAUAAACAAAAGGAACGGGGCAAUGAGACGGGCGCCGAACACUUCUGCUCCGUGUCUCCAAGGGAUAACGGAUAUGAAAAGGACCAUGAGACAGGCGCCGAACACUUCUGCUCCAGGUCUCCAAGGGAUAAUCGAAAGGAACGGGACCACGAGACGGGUGCCAAACCCUUCUGUUCCGUGUCUAUAAGGGAUAAACAAGAGGAACGGGGCCACGAGACAGGCACCGAACACUUCUGCUCCCUGUCUUUAAGGGAUAAACAAAAGGAACAGGACAACGAGACAGGCGUCAAACCCUUCUGCUCCAGGUCUCUAAGGGAUAAACAAGAGGAACGGGGCCACGAGACAGGCGCCGAACACUUCUGCUCUGCGUUUCUAAGGGAUAAACAAGAGGAACAGGACCACGAGACAGGCGCCGAACACUUCUGCUCUGCGUUUCUAAGGGAUAAACAAGAGGAACAGGACCACGAGACAGGCGCCGAACACUUCUGCUCAGUGUCUCUAAGGGAUAAACAAGAGGAACGGGGCGACAAGACGGGCGCCAAACCCUUCUGCCCUGUGUCUCCAAAAGAUAAACGAAAGGAACGGGAUCACGAGACAGGCGCCAAACCCUUCUGUUCUGUGUCUAUAAGGGAUAAACAAAAGGAAUGGGGCAACGAGACAGGUGCCAAACCCUUCUGCUCCGUAUCUCUAAGGGAUAAAGAAAAGGAACAGGACCACGAGACAGGUGCCGAACCCUUCUGCUCCGGGUCUCUAAGGGAACGGGGCAAUGGCAAUGCCAAACCAUUAUCGGAAGUCAAGAGCACAAGGGUGAGCUUCAGCCGGAUGUCUCUACGAGGACCCUCUCUUGUGGCCACUUCACCCCAGAGAUCGAACCCCGUUGUUCAAGCGUCCCAGCUCUCCCCGGGUGGCCGCCCCGUUGGCGCCAACGCCGCCGAACCCUUGGAGUACCUUUACGUGGAUGAGGAGGAGGGCCACUCCCUGGUCGAGAGGCGCGUCCCCUUCACGGACGAGUCGCUCGCCGGGUCCGAGGACACCGUUGUGUACGACUGGCGGGACCACCCGGGGACCCUCUCGGACGAGGCCCUGGUCCGGGAGCUGCGGGACUUCGGGGUGAACCCGGGCCCGGUGACGGGGCUCACGCGGAAGGUCUACGCGCAGCUCUUGGAGAAGCUCAGGAGCGACCCCAGGACCAAGGCGCGGAAGGAUGCGGCAGGAUACAGCCCGGAACUGGCCUUCGCUCUGGAGACGUUCCUGAUCCCGGAUGCGAAGGAGGACGAAAUGGCUUUGAUGGCACAAUUCGACCGUCCGGAUCAGAACCGGAAGUGGAGGGAAGGUCUGCUCAAGUCCAGCUUUAACUACCUGCUCCUGGACCCCAGGGUGACCCAGAACCUGCCCUUCCGGUGCCACUUUGUGAGCCAGGCCGAGUGUUUCCGGACCUUCGUCAGCGCCGUCUUCUACGUGGGGAAAGGCCAGCGCUCCCGGCCCUACAGCCACCUCUACCAGGCCCUCACCCACCACAACCGCCAAGGGAAGACCCCGGGAAAGGUCUCGUCCAAAGUCCAGCACAUCCUGGAGAUCUGGGAGAGCGGCCAAGGCGUGGUCUCCUUGCACUGCUUCCAGAACGUGGUCCCCGUCGAGGCCUACACCCGAGAGGCCUGCAUGGUCGACGCCAUCGGGCUGAAGAUGCUGACCAACCUGAAGAGGGGCGACUACUACGGCCUGGUGGCCGGCUGGCCCUGGAAGCGGCGCCGGCGCCUGGGAGUCUUCCUCCUCCACCGCGCCAUGUGCAUCUUCCUGGCCGAGGGAGAGAGACAGCUCCGCCCCGCUGACAUACGGACCCCAUGAACGGACCCCCCCCCCCCCCGGCCCUGAUGGACGCGAUUGGUCAGAUGCAAUUAGGUGACGUGAUUAUUGAUUAUUUUGGCCGGCUUUGGGGUCACUCCUGGACCUUUGAAUAAUGAGAAUAUACUUUUGUUAUUGUUUGGAGAAACGUUGUCCAGCCCCCCUCCCGUUUGCCAUCCGGCCUUUUAGGCGGCUUGUUUUUGUAAUAAAUUUUUUUAAAAAACCA